AUGACAUCUACUGAGGCGACUCAGUCAGGUAACCUGAUAUUACAACCUUGUUUACUUGUGGGGCAUGAUGUAUUAGUUUUAUUUGAUUCUGGCGCAACCCAUUCCUUAAUCUCUAAUGCUUGUGUGGGACGAUUGAGUGUGGUGACACGUGACUUGGGGUGUGAGUUGCUUAUUUCAACUCCUUCCUCGGGCCAGGUAGCUACCAGUUCAGUUUGUGUUGGGUGUUCAAUGGUGGUGGCAGGUCACAGAUACAAGGUGAACUUGGUGUGCUUGCCCUUGGAGGGACUGGAUGUGAUAUUGGGGAUGGACUGGUUGUCUAACAAUCACAUCAUAAUUGAUUGUGCACGACACAGUUUGGUAUUCCCAGAACAUGAAGGGUUGGAAUUAAUAUCACCUCGGGAAGCUGUGAAAGCGCUACAAGACGGGGCCGUGUGUUUUAUGGUGGUGGCCAAGCCAGAAAAGAAAAGUGCUGCAAAGGUGAUCCAAUCUAUACCGGUGGCUAACGAAUAUGCGGAUGUGUUUCCAGAUGAAGUCCCAAGGUUGCCGCCGAGUCGAGACAUUGACUUCACCAUUGAUCUCAUUCCUGGUACAGGUCUAGUGUCUAUGGCUCCAUACAGAAUGGCACCGGCUGAGCUUGUAGAACUCAAGAAGCAAAUUGAGGAAUAA